AUUUGCUCGUUUUGUCUACCUUUGUCGGAAUAAUGGACAAGAAAAGAGGCAAAAGAAUGAAGCCAGUAGAUGAUGGUCUGUGGGAUUGUUCGGUCUGCACUUACAAGAAUUCGGCAGAAGCUUUCAAAUGUGCAAUGUGUGACGUUCGCAAAGGAACUUCAACCAGAAAGCCUAAGCCAAAUCUACAGUUAGUAGCCCAGCAGGCAGUUCAGCAACUGGCAGCUGUGGCCCCUAAAAAGGCCCACAAGAGAUCAUCUGAUAAGUUGGACAUUGGGUCUGACACAUCGCAGGAUAGUCACAGAUCGGAAACUGAUCAUUUUGUUCUUAAAUCUAGCUCAACAUCAGUAUCUUCCACCUCGACAUCCCAGUCAGCAGCCAACAACAACACCUCAACGACUGCAACAACAUCAACUACAAGUUCAUCACAGUCAACAACAAUGACAUUUGCAACAUCAACGUCACAUACAGAUCGAACAAUUACAAUGCACAAUCUUUCGUCACCGUCCUCAACAACAACAACGUCAUAUUCUAUUAGCAAGACCCAACAGCAUGCUGGCUCUGACAAGUUCAGCAUGAAAACAACUACAACAGCUACAGUGGCAGCACACAGGCAACCCAACAGCACCACCACAUCAUCAAAUGCCUCCGGUAAAAAUAAUCUUUCCUCUAUGGAAGUUACUGUGGGGGACUUAACUGUUGUCAUAAUGGAAACAGACUCCAACUUUUCCACAAAUAUGUCGGCCAAUCACAGAUCUGCAAACAAGGCCAAAAGAAAGAAGAUAACAAUAGAGAGUGAUAUAAAUUUGAACAGUGAAAACAACAACAUCAACAUAUCUAAUAAUAUUCCCAUAAACGGCAGUAGUUCAGACCAACCACAACAACAAAGUACCUCUACAAACACUACUUCUACUACUGCUUCUGCCGUUUCCAAUACAACAAUCAACAACAACAUACAACAGCACAACUACAACAUCUGCACCUCAUCUCCGAUAACAGGCCUAACAAUUUAUAGCAACAACAGCAGUGGCAACAGUAACAGUAACAACAACAACUCGACAACAAUAACAAUUAUUAAUAACAUCACCACUGAUAAUGGCGCUUCUGCCUGAAUGAACGAAUUGUGUUUGCACGUAAACUCUAACAAGACACCGUUAUAUUUUUGUCUGUGCUAUAAUUAUUAGUAUUAUUAUGUUGUAAUUAUUGCUUUAAUUGCUACUUUCAUUGUUAUUUCAACAAGUUAGAUACAAUAUUAUCUUGGAUACACAAGUAUAAUACGGUUUAAUGAAACAUUCAGUGUAUUGUAUCUACCAUUAUCAUGAGCUAAAUUAUAAUGCCACUCUUCUAUACUCACUCCCUCUCUCAUUUAAUCUCUCUCUUUUUCUAUCUCUCUCCCCACAUAAUAGUCAUUGCUGGAACAAAACUGUAAAUGAUAAAGGAGCGUUUUUUCCAUUGUCAUUAAUAUUGAUGUUGUCUAUAAUACUUCAGUCAAAUUUUUCCAUUUAUUUUUAAUUGUUA